AAUAUCUAAACAUGGAUUCAUUUUUGUAGUUUGCAAUGUUGGUCUUUUUGAUUAUUUUUUUUUCUUUUUAUUUUACUAAUCUGGUUGGAAGGACCUUAACUGUAUUUUUUAUUUUUAUUUUGAACAAGGGUUUAUGCAUUUUAAAAUGAGUGAAUCUACUUGUACUAACAAUGUGAACUAAUUUGUUUACUAAUUAAAAUGAGUAAAUCUUUAUUUGAUUGGAUGUAAUUUUUUUGCUCUAAUUCAAAAUCAUCCAGCCACUUGGUGAUAUAUCAUUAUUAGUACACAAAUUAAUAUUCAUUAUAAGUGCAUAUGGUUUUAUUUUUUUUUAAAUUGCUGUUUUAGUUGUUGUGUUGAUCACUGUGUGGUCCAGUAAGUCUAGUUGGAACAUAUUGGAUUACAAUGUAUUCAGUGAUUGUGUUGAGCUCAAUGGGCCUGGUACAUUUAGUUUGAAUAUAUUAGAUGUAUUGAAAUGAUGUGCUGUGUAUUGCGGCUGCUUCUUUCACUUCAGCAGUGUGGCGUUGGCGGUGUUAGUGGUCACACAGUGCAGCCACUACUCGAUGUAAUUGUCAUUGUUCAUCAAGGAAAGAUGAAACUGAGGAUAACAGAGAAUGCUAAAACCUUAGUUGUGAAACCUUGGUGUCCUUCACUCAGCUUUUUUUGUUUUGCUUUAUGUAUGCCCCAAUGUUGAAGUUAAUAUUUGUUAUAUUUUUUAUUUAAUAUAACAAGGAAAAAGACUGUGUGUUGACUAAGAGAAAUAUUGAUGGAGAUUGAUAGAGCUGUUGGUCAUACACCAAAUCGAUUGAGACUGUUCUCUUACUCUCGCAACACCCUCCACCGUGCCUAUGGCUCUGCCAGUUGGUCUCAAGGAGACACAAAAGUUCUUGCUGCUGUUUAUGGACCAAAAGCUGGAACAAAAAAGAAUGAAAAUCCUGAGAAGCCCUGCUUUGAAGUUAUUUGGAAGCCUAAAACUGGACAAAUUGGGAAACUGGAGAAAGAUUACGAGGUGAUACUCAAGCGGACUGUACAAAGCAGAUGCAUUUUGACUGUUAAUCAAAAUACUACAACCUCAAUUAUAAUUCAGGUUGUCCACGAUGAUGGUGCUCUUCUACCUUGUGCCAUAAAUGCAGCAUGUGCUGCUCUUGUAGAUGCUGGAAUUCCUAUGAAGCAUCUUCCUGUUGCCAUAUGUUGCUGCUUGGCAGAGAGUAGGUAUGUGAUUCUGGACCACACGAAAUUAGAAGAGGAGGUUACUUUAGUUUCCUUGUUUAAAUUCACAAUAUCUCUUUGAUGAUUUGAGUGAGGUUACAGAAAUUAUCUAGCUAGAAUAAAGUUCAAUUAUAAUUGCUUCCUCUAUUUUACAUUAAUCAUUUUGCUGACAUCAAAGUCCCUGUAAAUUUAGAUCUUACUCAAUGGAUAUUGAUGUUGUAGAUGAAUGAUAUAUGUUCUUUGAAGUGUGAUAAUGUGUGUUCUGAAAUUAGACAAGUCUGGGGCAUCUGAAAUUAAUGUAAAUUCCUAUCUCCUAACAAUCUUUAUCUUGUGCAAUGACAGAAAAUGAAAGCAUUUGCUUAUUUAGUCUUUCCAAACUCAGUUCUCUCGGUCCUUCGAAAAGGAUUGUCAUUGGUGGAAGGUGAACCCAUGGAGCAUGGGAUCAUUACAUCUGUUACACAUGGUGUGCAAUGUCAGUGGACGGCUAUUUUCUCUGCCUCGAAGGAGGGUAUGCUGCGAGUGCAAAGUUGUCUGAUUUUCUGAGGAGGAGCUUGCAAUCACAAUUCCCAAGAGACUCAUCCAAAGCAGGGUGAUUUCAUGGCAACAGACUGAACGUUUUUCACAUAAUUCUCCGCUGGUUAGUUCAGAUAAACUGUUGCCAUCCAUGGUCACCUGUUAUCACCGCUCAUGAGAUUGUUAUUUGAUGAGAUUGUAUGCCUGAAUGAGAACUCUUGGUGUAACAUCAAAUGGUACCAAAACCUUUUGUAAUAGUAGGGGGUCUUGAUCCCACAACAUAGCCUGCUCAUUGUACUGGGAAGCACUUUUCAAUAUAUUGCAGAAAUCUCAUUUUUGGUCGUU